AUGGGCAAGGACAAGGUCGAGAAGAAGGACCGCGCUGAGAAGAAGGAGAAACGUGCGGAGAAGGACGGUGUGCACAAGGCUAAGAAGGAGAAGAAGGAAAAGAAGGACAAGACUGCUCUCGUCGAUGCAGUAGAGAAGGAGCUCUCCUCCCAGAUGGAGGGUGUCGAGCAGACUGGUGCCGUCGCUGGCAAGGGUGAGAUUGAGGUCGAUGCCAUGGCCGUCGACCGCCCCGUUGGCGCCGUUGUGCCCUUCGCCAACCCUCUAGUUGAGGACAAGCAGGCCAAGAAGGUCCUGAAGAGUGUCAAGAAGGCCGCCGUCAACAAAUCUCUCAAGCGUGGUGUCAAGGAGGUCGUCAAGGCUCUCCGCAAGUCCCCCAUCCCCGCUGCCAACGCUUCGAUCACCGUCCCCAGCGGUGUUGUCGUUCUCGCUGCCGACAUCUCCCCCAUGGAUGUCAUCUCCCACAUUCCCGUUCUCUGCGAGGACCACGGGAUCCCCUACGUCUUCGUCACCUCCCGCGCCGAGCUCGGUGCCUCUGCCGCUACCAAGCGCCCCACCAGUGUGGUCAUGGUUACCCCCAAGGCUUCCGGCAAGAGCAAGAAGGAAGACGAUGAGGAGUUCACCAAGGUAUUCGAGGAGCUCGCUGGCUUGACCCAGAAGGAGUGCAAGAAGGUCCAGGUCUAA